AAGUGAUAGAGACAACUAUAUCAGUCUCUUGGCUGCACAAUUUGAUGGCCAAGAGCCAGAAGGAAUUGCCUUGCUUCUCUCAGUGUAUCUUCGUUCGUCAAAAGAGUCAAGACUCCGCGCGGACGAGAAGGCCAAGUUCUUUGAAGCAAUUGCUUGAAAGGUGCUCACGCGUGAAGUGUACUCACGCACUAUUGUACGCGAAGUGUUUCUACGUGCCUGUUCCACGAACCUCGUGCGGGGGCAUCAUUUUCUCGUGGACCAGAGUAUAUUGGGGGAAUUAUCCCUCCUAUAAAUUCAAACGACGCAAUAUCGCGGACGGUGUGUACUCCACUCCUGACGAGACCAUCACUGACACUUUGAGACUUUCUGUUUUGAGACAUUUUCACUGCAUUCUGGGCCAUUUUUCAAAGUGCUCGUACCGUGUUCUAUCGCGGGUGGACCACUUCUGGUCGUGGGUGACGGUGUUUGGUGGAAUAUUACAUAAAUUGCCGUAAGAAUUCUGCAGUGAGUGGUGUAGAAAAAAUGGAUAAUGGAAGCGACGAUCGCGUCUAUGCUGCUGAGAGAAUAAUCCAGAAAAGGAUUAGAAAGGGAAAAGUGGAGUAUCGUGUGAAAUGGAAAGGAUGGAGCCAACGGCACAAUACAUGGGAACCAGAGGAGAAUAUUCUUGAUACACGCCUCAUUGACAUCUAUGAGCAGUCUACACAGAAGGGUUCAUCAACUCCAGGAAAGCGUGGCAAAAAGAAGGAGAGAGCACUGGAGCGUGACUUGGAGUCAGAGGAUGAAGAGACCGAUGCACAGACACUUGUAGAUGAGCCCGUGGGGAAUGACAAGGGGGAUAAAGUCAAGGAUAAGCACAAAGACAAAUUACACAAAGAUACAGGUAAGAAGGGUAUUUCUACGGGUGUUCCAGGAGAGAGAUUAACAGAAGUGACUUCGCCUGCAGUAUCCAGUAGCACGGGUAAAGCAACGUUGGCGGAUUUGGUGGAUACAAAUUCAAGUAGUAGUGAAGAUCAGCCAUUGCGAGAACCUUUGGCGGGUACAAAGCGCAAAGCGGAAGUCUUGUCGAAAGAAUCAGGGAAGAUUGGGGUAACCAUUAAAACUUCCUCGGAUGGACCACCAGCCAAAGUAGCCAAUGUAAAUACAGAGGCACCUGCCCUCAAGCCAUUGACAGUCUCAGUGCCCAGCCGAACGGAGCCAAGUGCUCCCCUUUCACCGGAAACACCAGCAUCACGACCUGAAUCCAAUACACCCCCAAAUACAGAGGUGAAACCAUUAGAACCAGAAGCACCUGCGGAGGAACCGAUUCCCAAGAAAGCACCAGCAAAGGGUGUAGUGCGGGAGAUAAGUGAAGAUAUAAAGAAACCAGAGAGCAAAUUAAUUGCUAAUACCCAACCCAAGGCAAACAAUAACAACACAAUAAAGAAGGUGCAUGAGAUCCCACUUUCACCUAAGACAGCCUCCCCUAAACUUUGGCUCCCUAAAUCUCGAGUUACAGAUCAAGUUUUCAUUACUGAUGUCACAGUGAACUUGGAAACAGUAACCAUUCGAGAAUGUAAGACAGAGCGAGGAUUUUUCCGGGAGAGAGAUCUCAAGAGUGACGUGACAAACUAAAAGAAAUGGAAGGAGUCUGAGGGGAUCUAAUCACCCAGUCGAGUGAAUACCUAUCUUUAUUUUUUUCAAAUAAAAUUUUCUCGGUAUGAGAAAAUUAGAGCCUCGAGUUAUCCAGUAAACGUACUGCACUAUCUGAUCCGUAUUACUUUAAGAGUUUGACAAAGAACGAACGCAUCAACAUUGAAUAGUCAAUCAAAAAAGAAUCUGUUAAAAGAAAUUCAAUGAAUCCUUGGUCCUCAAUAAAUUCUUAUCAUGGUUGCGUAUAGGAUAAAAGGAGAGAUCAACACACGAAAUAAAAUAGACUACAGGCGAAAAUAGAAAGAUAAAAUUGUACUUCGGAGUGAAUAAAACCAAAAACAAACACGAAUAUGAGGCAAAAAAAGAUAAAAAUAUUUGCCUAAAUACGGGGACCUAUUUUUGUUAAACUGGAUAAUUUUCUUUCUUUCACCUUUCUUUUUCUAUUUAAUACAGAAAAAAAAUUUUUAAGUACACAAAAAAAGAAAAUGGUAACUUUAAUAAUUAUAUUGUUAAAUUGUUGUUAGAUGAGGCUAAAAAACACACACAUACAAAAAAAGAAAAUGAGAAACUUAAGUGGAAAAACCCAAUUUUUGUAUAAUUUCAUUUUCGUUUAUAUUUCCAAAUGCAUCAUUUGUAAACUGGAACGAGAGACAGAGCGAGAAAAUGCCUCAAUUCUAGUGAUAUAUGAAUUUUAAAACUAUAUAUUUUUGUGUAACAAUGUUGUAAAUAAAUUCUGUGAAGAGAUACUGUGACCACGGAGGAUCAAGUGCAGAAGCGAUAAGGAUUGAAAUCACAGGAAGUGGGGAAUGAGUGGGAGCGGAAGAGCGAAAGAGCAAGAUUUUUCAGUUGAAUGGCAUUGAGAGAUGAUUAAUUUUGUGAGCGGAGAUUUACAUAUUUUUUAUUAACUUAUGUUGUGAACAAGGAAGAGGAUUUAUAGGGAAAUGCAGAAGAAAGUAAAAAAAAACACCUGAUAAAAAAACAAUCCUGAAAUAAAAAUAAUAAUAAACUAAAAAAAAAUCUCACAGUGACGAGAAAGAAAGAUUAAUUAAAAAACACACACACAAGAUUAAAAUAUUUAAGAGUUUAUCAAACUAAAAAUAUAUAUAUUGAAAAAAAUAUAAAAGUAUAUAUUUAUAGUUAUCACUAAAUAGAUUAUAGAUGUUAAACAUUUUUAGCUGGAAAAAUCUUAUUUAUAUUACCUGCGUGUAUUUUUGUCCCUGUGUGGCGGUAAGCAAAAGGGGCACGUUAUUGCAAAUACUGUGUGACACCUUCUCUUUUUUUAUAAUCCAUCAUAGCCCAGUAAAAAAAAAAUCUUUUUUCCUUCUAAUCUGUUGAGAUGAACUACGUAAAAACAAUUAAUGCAUUUUAGAUUUAUUGAAGCUCUAUUGAAAGUUAUCACAUGUAUAAAAAAAAAAUUUUGUUUGACAUUUCAUUGUCUUUUGAUGUCAAAAAAAUCUUUUAUCCUUGAAUUUCUUUUUAUACGUGAUAACUUUCAAAAUGUGAAGAAAAAAAUGAAAAUUAUGUCAGAAAAUAUCUCAAUAUAUCAAAAUUUUUAUACCAAACACAAUUUUAUUUUGAAGUAAAAUAUCAGUGUGACAAAUCUCUUUAAUUUUUUGUAACAAAUACAAGGGAUUUGAAUAGUGACACAUUAUACUUCAAAAUUAUUGUGAAAUAAUCGCAAAUUAUUCUCCUAAUAUUAGAAACAUGAGAAAAAUUCUAACUUAGCCCCUCACAGAAAACGAAUGUUAACCUAGCUCAUUGAAGUAAACCCUUUUUCCAUCUUGCAGACUUUCCCAUGUAGAAGCAAACAGCAACAAAUAUGUAAUGUUUGUAAUCUAUACAUACAAGAUACUACUAUAUAUUUCAUAUUAUGACAAAAAAUGGAAGGAUAGAAAAUAACUAUGAAGAGAAAAAAAACUUAGGGACAUACUGUAGCAAAAUCAACAAAAUAUUCUUAUGAUUAUAAACUUGAUUAUCUGUAAAAAAAAUGUUUUGUGUAGAUUUUUUUUAAUAGAAAUCUUUCGCUUUAAAAAAUACGAAAAAGCUAUGGUUUGUCUUGAAAAUUUUGUUUUGAAAAAAUUGAAAGUAAAAAUAUUCCAAAGCUUUCGACGAAGAAAUGUCAAUCAUUCCUAUUACAAAAAAUUAUACGACAUCUAUGUAAUUAGUACUGAAUUAAUAUUGGAUAUCAGUUUAUAUUCAAGGCAUGGCAAAAUGUUAUGUUUUGAAUCAAAAUUUCGAGAGAGAGAGAGAGAGAGAAACAGUAACGUUAAUGAAUGACAAAACUAAAUUUUCAGGAGAAGCUAUUCUUUUUCUUUUGUAAAAUAUAAACAUUCUUUUGCAAAAAGCAUUAUUGAAAAAUAAAUUGUAUCAAGUAUUGAAUGAUGAUAAACUUGUAUAAAAAACUACCUACUUAAAAAUCAGAUUAACAAAAAAAAACUAUUUAUAAAUAAAAACUAUCCUAAUGGUGAGAAAAAACCCUUUAGAAAAAAUCCUGUAGGCUUGCUGCGUAAAUUCUCUUGCUCGUUUUUCACUUGCAUUUUAUUCUUAUUUAUGAAAAAUGAUGAAAAUUAUUAAUAAAGAAGAUACCUUAAUGUAUUAUUAAACUUAAUAUAUUCUAUAUUUUAUUGAUAAUGAUUAAUAUAUUUUUGAAAAGAAAAAAUGCACAUUUUAGAAAGUAUUAUUAUUAUUUUUUUAAUUUUAGGAGAAAACUGCACCAAAUUUGAAUCAAAAAUUCUAUUUUUUUUUUAAAUUAACAACUUGAUUUUUUUUCUGUUUGUAUACUCUCCUUAACACAGGGUAAAGAAGGAAAUUCUUUUUAAACAAAAUUAUGUUUUUUUUAUUAAUUAAAUUAAAUUAUUUGUGUGUGUCUUUUUUUGUGUGUGCGCAUAAUUUUUAAGGAAUAAUUUUAUCCUUCCUUUAGAUUUUAAAAAUUCUGUAACAUCACAGACUCUAUAUUUUAAAUAUUUGUCUAUUCAUUAUGAUUUAUUUUUUAAUUUUAUUGUCAUUAUUGAUUUUUGAAAUGUUUAAUCAAUAAUUUUUUAACAUUAUAAUAAUUUUUAUUUAUUAAUCAGUCACUGAAAGUCAAUAAAAAAUUAUUUAUUGGUACCAAAAAAAAGAGAAAAAAGGUGUAAAAUUUUGGUUGAUUUUUUAUUUCUUAUUUAUAAGAAAAAAGGCAGUGUUUGUAAAAAAAAAUGAUUUUUUUCCUUUGAUGAAAAGUGAAAAAAAACCGAAUAUUCUCCUCCCAGUUAACUGACCCUCUUGAAAAGUUAAGACACCGAUGAAAAAAAAAUGCAAUUACUAUUUGCAAAGAAAAGCAUAAACUUUAAUCGCUUAAUAAUUCUGUAAAUAUUUGUAUCAAUCAUAGAGGAGGUACAAAAAAACCAAUAAAAUACUUAAAAAAUAA